AAUAUUACCGUAACAUAAGUCAUACGUUCAAUCAAAGUAUGAAUAGCGCUGCGAUAAAAAAUACUAUAAACACUAAAAAACGUGAAUAAAUGGUAACGUGAUAGAACAAGUAGAAAAAUGUCAGUACUUGGGAACUUUGAUCAAUGAAACCAAUGAUCAUACUGCAGAAAUAAAUAGGCGAAUAGAGAUUGCCAGAUCAGCAUUUACACGAAUAAAGUCACUCCUAACGUGCAGAAAUAUAAGACUUCUGAGAUGCUACGUGUUCUCCUAUUCCUAUUCUUCAUGCUAUUUUAUGGGUUGGAAGCUUGGACAUUUAAGAAAGAUGUUUCGGAGAGAUUAAAAGCCUUCGAGUUAUUGGCCUACAGAAAGAUAUUAAGAAUAAGUUGGGUGAAUAGAGUCACGAAUGUCGAGGUGUUGAGAAGAAUGAGAAAAGAUAAAGAGGUUUUAAAUACAAUUAAAGCCAGAAAACUGCAAUAUCUUGGACAUGUCGUAAGGAGAGAGCGUUAUAACUUGUUGCAAUUAAUAAUGCAAGGAAUAAUACAGGGUAGAAGGAGUAGCGGAAGAAGACGCAUCUCUUGGUUAAAUAAUUUGAGAGCUUGGUUAACUGCACUUCUGCUGACCUCUUUAGAGCAGCAGUAUCGAAAGUGUGAAUUGCCAUGAAGGUUGCCAACCUUCUUAGAGGAGAUGGCAC